UAGUACUGAGACGUAAAGAUAGAAGUCGGCGCCGGAGUUUUUUCGUGACAUUGUGCGCUUGCGCUUCGUUCCGAUCGCCGCACGGUGUUGAGUGCGGAUUCAAGCUACGCGCCAACACAUUUAAAGGGCUCCAACCAUGACGACAGCAAGCGUGUUGCUGACGGUGAGCACCUGGAGCUGCAGCGGCGAGAAGUGCGAGCGCGAGGUGGUGGGGCGCGCCGCGCGGUCCGUGGCGGCUGUGGCUGCGCGCGAGCUGCGCGAGACGCCUGCUACCAGGGAGCAGGCGCUGCGGCUCAUGAGGGAGUGGCUCCGGCAGAACAACGACGUCGCCAACGUACGACAAGAUGAAUCAUUCUUACUGCGAUUCCUGAGACAGAAAAAAUACAGCAUACCAAUGGCACAACAGACACUUUUAAAAUACCUGAACCUGCGCAAGUUAUACCCGGAAGGCUUCUCGCAAUUAGACUGUGAAGACGCAAACAUGAAAGACAUCAUAAAUAAUGGGUACAUAAUGGUGUCUCCGGUACGCGACAGCAUGGGUCGUCGGGUCAUAGUCUACAGCAUAAAUAAAUUGAACGCAAGCAAGUUCACGUGCUGGGACAUGUGCCGAGCGCACGCGCUGGUGUACGAGACGUGCCUGGAGGAGCCGGGUGACCAGGUGUGCGGGUUCACGCACGUCGGCGACUGCGCUGGCACCAGCGCCGCGCACGUCACCGCCUGGAACCCGAUGGACUUCGCGCGCCUCAUCAAGUGGGGAGAGCAAUCUUUACCGAUGCGACAUAAAGAAUGCCAUUUGAUAAAUCUCCCGGCGACCGUGCGAUACAUCAUUGACUUUGCAGUCAGCAGGGUUCCUCCCAAAAUGGCGGAAAGACUAAAAAUCCAUCAUAAUCUGAAAUCCUUGCACAAACAUAUCGAUACGGCGUGCCUGCCUGCAAGCUUCGGGGGCACCAUACAGACGCAGGACAUGAUUGAGUACACCAAAAUACUGCUAAGCGAGCAGAGAAUGAAGUUGCUCUCUCUGGACAACAUGGAGAUACUCAGCUCACGGGGCAUCAUCACCUCUCGGAGUAAGACCACGCCUAACGCUGACGCCGUCGAAGGCAGCUUUCGAAAACUAGAAAUUGAUUAAAUCCUUUAUUUAAGCGCCACUUGAACCAUUCCACUAACCCGGGUUAACCGGUUAAUCCUGGAGUUACCAUGGUUACCAGUACAAUUUGACACUGGGUUAACGCUUUAACCGCUUAACCCCGGGUUAAUGGGAUGGUGCAAGUGGGCCUUAGUGUAUCUUUAUUAUAAGUCUGAUGCCUUGUGUUACCGUUUGAUGAUUGGACUUUUUAUUAGUAGGUACUGUAAUCAAUUUACAGCAUAUAACAUACCUAAUGGGUCAGUUUGUGGACGAGUCUGAAUACUGAAUAAAAUUAAGUAAUUUACAUUGAGAUGAAUUGGUCAAGAAUAUAAACAUUUUCACAUCACCUAUACGAAAAAGGGCUUUUUCAUCCCUGCUAGGAGGGAUCAAAGUGCCACUUUUCUGUUCUAGGACAUUAUUUUUUUGCAUAAUGAAAAUGAAAAAAAAAAGCAAAUGAUUUCCUCGUCAUAGGUGAUCUGAUGUGAAAAGCGGUAUAUGUCUCAUGGUAGCAAAAUUAUUUCCACCUUGAGCUUUAACACUUGAAUGUCUCACUACACUUGGGAUUCUAUUAUAGAAUCCUUGGCUUCGUUUAGGAUUUAAUGUACGCCCUAGCCGUAAAUAUGUAAGUUUGCUCCCUUGUGACACAAUCUACUAUUUUCUUAGUAUAUAUUCUUUGACCAUUUCAAUCGGAAAGCUACUUACCGUCAUGCACAUACACACGACACGACAAUUAAAACAUUAUAAUUUAGUUAUGAAAACCAGAAAAAAAAUCAAUAGACAUAUUAGACACAAACUACUCAUUUUGUAGGUACUAAUUAUAAGUAACCAUGUAGAUACUUUUAGAUGCAGAACUUCAUCUAGUAAAUCUAGUAGUUUCUUGGAAUAAGAUCAGAGAUCAGUGUUCAACAAAGCAAUAUAACGGGAAAUAGCCAGAGUCGUUAUUAAAUUAUUUUUGAAAGAAGUGUUUUUCGGAAUUUAAAAGAGGGAAUCGGUAACUAUAAAACUACUUCACUGACAAACAAUACAAAAGGUAAUACGACUCACAUCCCGUUCGAUAUAAGUCUAGUGAAACUAACCGUGCUUACUUCACGGUGGUCCAUUUUCCCUAUUUCGACAGCUUGUCAAUAUUGCAGAUGUCAUACAUAGGGCCACUUGCACCAUCCUACUAACCCGGGGUCAACUCAGUGUCAAAUUGUACUGGUAACCAUGGUAACUCCAGGUUUAACCGGUUAACCCCGGGUUAGUGAAAUGGUGCAAGUGGCGCUUAGAAUAAGGACCUAGGAUUAAUUAUAAUUAUGACAAGGUAAUGUAGCGGUUAUUGAAUAAAACGCAUUUUUUAUAAA